GUUCUCUUCCUGUUACGUAGUUUCCUGUUACGUAAUUCCUCCUAAAAGGGACACACUGACAACACACAGCUAGUAGUUGUACACACGGCGAACAUCGAAUCUACGGAUUUUAAAAGCUCAUUUGAGAUAAUCAGUCAUUUAUUUGCCACAGACUGGCCCAGAGUACAAAUGCCUGUAGCUGUAGGACCAUAUGGACAGGCACAGCCAAGCUGUUUUGACAGAGUCAAGAUGGGCUUCAUGAUGGGCUUUGCAGUUGGAAUGGCUGCUGGUGCCAUGUUUGGAACAUUCUCCUGCCUACGAAUUGGAAUGAGGGGACGAGAGCUGAUGAGUGGAGUGGGAAAGACCAUGAUGCAAAGUGGGGGUACAUUUGGGACCUUCAUGGCCAUUGGCAUGGGCAUUCGGUGCUGACUGCACUGUUCACUUCACUUGACUCAAUUCUUUUCGUACAAUGACACACAAUUUAAAUGUGCUAAUAAAAUUGUAAUUUAAACAAUAAAAAAGUAGACAUAAAGAUGUAAAAUACACAACUUUGGAAUUUGC